UGGUCCGGUUGCCAUGGAGACGGCCGCCGUGCUGCGCGUAAAGAGAAAGCGCGGUGGGUCUUUGCCGGUCGAGGCGCUGGUCCUUGCCUGCAAGCGUUUGCGCGGCGAGGCUGGGGCUGCCGCCGAGGCCGCCUCCUCCUCCUCCUCUUCGCCCGGAGAGGGCGAGGUGGAGAAGACUCUCUUCAAGUUGGUAGCCACCGUAAACUCGGAGGCUGAACCUGUUGACAAAUACAUACAAGAAGCUUUUACCCAACAGAAAGGAGGCCGGAUCCUGCGACCUGCUCUAGGGAGUGCUCAAAGAAUAAUUCAGGAUCUUCGUUCUUCAAAGCAAGCCAAAAGGCAGGAAAGCCGUUACCGCCUGGUCACUAGCCUCCGUCCAAAUCUCAGUGAUGGAGAAAAUGCUGCUCUCAGAGCAAAUGAGAAAGAAUCUGAUGAAAAGAAACAGUCUUCUAUGUCUGAGAAAGACAAAAAUGGCAGUACCUCAGGCUGCUGUAGAGACUUUCAGUUCUUUGAUAUUAUACAGGAGGAGGAUGUGGAAAAUGAUACACCUUCCUCCCAUUUACAGAAAUCAGAUCCAGAUGUGAUUCUCUGCAAUUCUGUAGAGAUGAUUCGUGAACGUUUAACCAUAACUGACAGUAGUAAAGAAGCAGAGGAUUGCUUAAAUAAAGACGAAUACGUCUAUGAUAUUUACUGUACGGAAACAGCUACUCCUGGGUGGAUCGAGAACAUUCUCUCUGUACAACCUUACACCCAAGACUUUGACUUGAUGGAUGAGGAGCACCUCCCUGAAGAAACCUAUGAAGACGAAGAUGAUGAGAAUAAUGAGAACAACUGGCGUAACGACUAUCCAGAUGAAGAUGAAUUUCUUGAUGAAGAUGAAGAAUCAGAAAAAAACAGUGGAGACACCAGUGAUGAAGAUUGUGGAUAUAUCAGGCGAUCAUGGGAGAAGUAUGAAUCUGAAGUCCUGCAGGAGUUUGAAUAUGAUGGAGUCAAGGAACUGGAUUCCGAGUAGCUUGCAGGAUUCCUGAGAUUCCUCCCCCCCCCCCCGCCCCGCCCCCAUGUGUGAUGUGCCCUUAGCAAAUCGUGGCACCACAACCCUCACGUGUCAUGCUGUUUUUUGACCAGAGCAUCUUCAAAUCAAGAGAAAGCAGAUUGCCUUGAUCCAAGUGACGUUUGUAAUUUUUGGAUCUCAACCAUGGCGUUGUGCAAGAAAAGCCUGAAAUUGACAAGAUAGAUUUGGCCAUUUUGGGAUGCCUGACGACUCCUUUUGACAUUCAAGGCAGAAGUUUCCAGAAAAAAAGUCUCCUAAAAAGAUCAUCUUUACUACAAAAUUGGAAGUUUUGUUGUUAACCUUAUUGAAGCAAAUAGUUUGUUCUUUGGCAAGCAUUGUGGGAUCACUGUAGAUAGGUCUGUACUUGAAAAUGAUCAUUCAGAUUGGAAAUUUCUGCACUUUAAUAUAAUUCUCACUUGUUUUUCUUUGCAUAGUUUACAAAUAUAGUAGUUAAAAUAUACAGAAUUUGAAGUUUGCCUGACCUUGUUUUCCCUGUGGAAGUUCUGUGAAGGAAAAUAUUUUUUUUACUAGCCAUUAUUUAGCUGAUGCUUUCUUGUAUUCCUUAGGUGUUUAUUGCAGUGCUCCAUCAUCAGAGGUUUUCAAGAAGAAACUAGACAAGCAUUUGUCUGGAAUGGUAUAGUGUUUCCUGCUUGAGCAGGGGGUUGGACUAGAAGACCUCCAAGGUCCCCUCCAACCCUAUUAUUCUAUGUUCUAUGAGUUUAUCAAAUUAGUUCCGAGUGAAGUGCUUGUAGUUUAUAGAUAAACAUCUCUAGUCCAUCCCCUUUUACUAGUCCUACAUGUGGAGCAUGGAAAACCAUAGCUUUUGCUUCAUUGUACAGAAAAGGACAAUGCCAACAAAAUAAGUACCUUCAAUUACAUAAGGAUUUUUUAAAUAUAAACUAUCAAGCCUAGUAUAUUGAUUAUCUCCAUCUCUUUGAUUUGCAAAACCUAGUUGUGGGAUCUUUGGUAUUCCCUGAAGUUAUUUUCUUGCAGACCUUUCAUUACCCAACUAGGUAACAUCAUCAAUGCUAGUAGGAAGUGGGGUUUGCUCUCAUUGCCCUGUCGGUGUGGGUGCGCGUGAUCUUGGUAGUUCCUUCAUUGGAUUGUUGUUUACCUAAUUCUAAUGAUCUGGACUUAGGGCCUACCCCAUUCCCCUGCAGCACUCCUAUGCUCCUUAACUCUUGCCAUUUCUCACUUAACCCACGUCUUAAAGAAUCAGAACUGGGUCUGCUGAGAUUGUUGUCGGUUUGCUAAGCAAUCACAUCACCUUGUAACCCAAGGAUUAGCUAUAACUUACCAUCUUUGCUUCAACAGUUUAACUGGCAUUUUGACAGAAGCGAACUAGAGAAGCUGACCUGUGCCAGCCCCUGGAAACUGAAAAUGAUGGUUUAGCAUUAUGGGUCCAAACUUUACAAUAUCUGCAAUAGAAUGCUACUUGCAUUCUUUGCAAUUCUUGGCUGCAGGUAAAGCAGUAGAGAUACUCUACUCUCUUUCGAGUUUGCCUUGGGUGACCUGGUUACAUCUGUGCAAUUUUCUUACAAGACUGCUUAAAUGGAGUGUCUGGCUUAGCUGCCAAAUAAGGUCAGAGUCUCACGCAGAAAAUAGUUAGCAUUAAUGAAACAUAAGUUUUCCUUCACAAACUGACUCAUGUUCUCAUUUUUUUUUAAAUUUCCACAUGGUGGAAUUUUAAUUUUCCCCCUUUACAGUUCUUGUACAUACAGGAACUACAAAAUUUGCUGUUGUGGCAACUAACUGAUCGGAUCAGGAGAUAAACAGUUCAGUCCUCCUAUAAAACAAAACGCAUUUUAACAGCAGAAUGGAGUAUAAAAACAAUCCAGGGUAUAGUUUAAAAUUUUAACGCCAUCCUGUUAAACUAAAUAAAACAUUUAUUGGCCACAUUUCUAUUGCACUAUGAGACGGAAACCUAAUUAAAAAGCACCGAUAAAAAGAUGUAGUACAUUUUUGAGACAGUUUUGAUCUAAUGUGGUUGAUUCAAAUCAUUUGGUUUUCAUAAAGACUGAGAAACAAAGCUUCAAACUGUUGCUUUCUGGGUUAUUCACCAAUACAAUAAAUAGCACACCUCUUUCUAGACAGAUAGUCAGACUUGAUUAUAACUGGAUUCAAAUCUGAAAGCAAAUCCCAUUUUU